ACGGCCAAACCGAAGAAGGGUGGCUCCUCACAGACACAAGUCCUUCUCCGCUCCGAGCAUAAGAAGUAUCGACGCAUGCUAAGAUAAAACCAAACACAACACUUCUCUGACGAUCUCCCCGAUGCUUCACCUCUCCCUCAUUUUAACUUAAAUAAGAUUUCUCUCUCUCCCUCCUCAGUUUUUGCCUUCACUUUCCCUCUUUUAGAUCAUAGUGGCUUCUCUCUAGUUGCUGCCUCCUCCGCUGAGAUCUCAAUUUCUCUGUCAAUUUCUGAUUCAAUUGCUCUUGAACCUUAAUUUGGAAAUUUGAAGAUCUAAUUUGCAGAUUUUGUUGUGAAAUUUGAAGCUAGUAAUUAUCGGAUUAGGAGAAUGGCUUCUGUAUCGCAUUCUCCAGCUGCAUUCAGUGGAACUUCAGCUUCAGAUCUUCUACGGAGCUCCGGUAACGGAGUUAGUGGCAUCCCUUUGAGGACCCUGGGAAGAACAAGAUUUAGCUCGAAAACGAGGGAUUUUUCUGUGGUUGCCAAGAUUAGGAAAGUGAAGAAGCAAGAAUAUCCUUGGCCUGAAAAUCCUGAUCCAAAUGUGACUGGCGGAGUCCUCACUCAUCUUUCUCCUUUCAAGCCUUUAAAAGAGAAGCCGAAACCUGUUACUUUGGAUUUUGAGAAACCACUUGUUGAUUUAGAGAAGAAGAUCAUUGAUGUGCGGAAGAUGGCAGAUGAAACUGGUUUGGACUUCACUGAUCAGAUCAUUUCACUAGAAAAUAAAUAUCAACAGGCUCUAAAGGAUUUGUAUACGCAUUUGACCCCUAUACAACGUGUGAAUAUUGCACGACACCCUAACAGGCCCACUUUCCUUGACCAUGUAUUUAGCAUUACUGACAAGUUUGUGGAGCUUCAUGGAGAUCGAGCAGGUUAUGAUGAUCCAGCUAUUGUUACUGGUGUAGGAACCAUAGAUGGUAGAAGAUACAUGUUCAUUGGUCAACAGAAAGGUAGAAACACAAAAGAGAAUAUUAUGCGCAAUUUCGGGAUGCCUACUCCCCAUGGCUACCGAAAGGCCCUACGCAUGAUGUAUUAUGCAGACCACCAUGGGUUUCCUAUAGUUACUUUUAUUGAUACACCUGGGGCAUUUGCAGACCUUAAAUCUGAAGAACUGGGCCAGGGUGAAGCUAUUGCCCAUAAUUUGAGGACAAUGUUUGGUCUGAAGGUACCAAUUGUUUCUAUUGUUAUUGGGGAAGGUGGCUCUGGUGGUGCUUUGGCCAUUGGCUGUGCUAAUAAAUUGUUGAUGCUUGAAAAUGCAGUUUUCUAUGUUGCCAGUCCUGAAGCAUGUGCAGCAAUUUUAUGGAAGACUGCCAAAGCUUCACCAAAGGCUGCUGAAAAGUUGAAGAUUACCGCUCCUGAGUUGUGCAAGUUGCAAAUUGCCGAUGGUGUCAUCCCUGAGCCACUUGGUGGUGCACAUGCAGAUCCAUCAUGGACCUCACAACAGAUAAAGAAUGCAAUUAAUGAAUCUAUGGAUGAGCUCACAAAUAUGGACACACAAGAGCUACUAAAACAUCGUAUGCUUAAGUUCCGAAAAAUAGGUGGGUUUCAAGAGGGAAUCCCAAUCGAUCCUAAAAGAAAAACCAACAUGAAAAAGAAAGAAGAAAUUGUUGCUGGAAAGACUCCAGUGCUAGAGUUGGAGGGUGAGGUUGAAAAGCUGAAACAGCAAAUUUCAAAAGCCAGGGAUUCAUCUAGCAAGCCUACAGAGUUGGCUUUGAAUGGGAUGAUUGAAAAGCUGAAAAGGGAGAUUGAUCUUGAAUUUUCUGAAGCUGUUAAAUCCAUGGGCUACAAGGACAGGUUUGAAACCUUGCGGCAAGAGUUUUUAAAAGCAAAUUUACAGGACCAACUAAUGAACCCAAUUUUAAUGGAUAAGAUUGAAAAACUCAAGAAUGAAUUUACUCAGAACCUGUCAGCAGCGCCUAAUUAUUCAAGUCUUAAUUAUAAACUUGAUAUGUUGAAGGAGUUUUCUAAAGCCAAGAGCAUCUCAGAAAAGAACAGCAAAGGUGUGAAAUUGAAGGAGGAAAUUAAUAAGAAACUUAAAGAGGUCAUGGAUCGGCCUGAUAUUCGGGAGAAGAUAGAAGCAUUAAAGGCUGAACUUCAAAUGUCAGGAGCUUCCAAUGAAGGCGAAUUAGAUGGAGAGACAAAGGAGAGCAUUGUGAAGAUGAGGAAAGAGAUAGAGCUGGAAUUGACAAAUUUUCUUGAGUCCAUGGGUUUGGAUGUUGAGAUUGUCAGCUCAAAAGCGAAAGAAGUUAGUCAGCAGACACCUUUCCUAGACUUCAGAGCUAGAGUGGAAAGUUUGAAGGAACAAACUAACAAGAAAAUUGAAGAUCUAAUCAACUCAUCAGAUCUUAAAAACAUGAUUGAGUUGCUGAAGCUGGAGGUAGCAAAGGCAGGAAAGAAACCUGAUGUGGCAACAAAAAAUAAAAUUGAGGCUUUAGAACAACAAAUAAAGCAAAGGCUCUCAGCAGCUAUUAAUUCGUCAGAGUUAAAGGAGAAGCAUGAAGAGCUGAAGGUGGAGAUUUCAGAGGCUGUAGAAUUUGCUGCAGGCUUAGAUGGAAGUCUGAAAAAUGAUGAUUCAAAGGAGGGGAGCUCCGAACAUGAUGAGUCAAGAGUUGAAAUUAAUUUGGGUGCAAACCGCAGAUUUGCUUAGAUAUUUGUUUUGUAGGUAUGUAACUAGUGCAUAUGGCACAGAAAAAGGUGCAGCCUUUGAUUACAGCAGUUAGAACUGCAUCAAGGUCUUCCAUUCAUAUCAUACUUCAACAUUGUACCUCAAUACUGCCUCUGAGAAGGCAAGAAUGUACUGCCAUUGCCUCUUGCGUGGGUGAACAAGGUUUUACUUCUAUGGGAACAUGAAAAUCACACAGCAUUACGUCUUUUUAAGUUAGCUGAAAUAUUUCCAUUUUUAAUUUAGCUUUAUUAAUUUGUCAGUUUCCAUCUCACUUUUUAAUUUACCUUGUUUAAGUUGUGGUAAAAUGUGUUUCUGUUUUUAUUUAUAGACAGAACAAUGUGUAAAUUAUGGGAUUGUCAUUGGAAACCAAUAACAUGCUAUCAAGAAUCGGGAAUAUAA